AUGCAGCAGUUUUCCCCAUGGAUUGUCGAUUCAUGGGAUACACAUCAUGUUGCAUUAGAUGCCCACAGUCUCAAUAACGUUGUUGACUACAAUGAUCUGGAAGAAAUCGCUAUUGGAAAUGAUAAUACCGUACGAAUUUCUCACACCGGUAACACUGAUUUAUCCCCAUCCGAUUCUAGCUUUCAAUUAUCCAAUAUACUUUGCUCCCCUUUCAUUUCCAGUAACUUGAUUUCAGUUUCUCAAUUUUGUCGUGACAAUAAAACAUCUAUUGAAUUCUUUUCAUUUUCUUAUCUUGUGAAGGAGGGUCUUCCAACACCAAUGACAUCAACCUUCGAUGAUUCAGAAAUUGAUUACGUAGCUGACAUUUUCCGUUGUAGAAGAGUCAUUGAUAUACAAUUUUUUCUCUUUUUACAUCUAUCGUUGUCUGCUUCACCAACUGUUUUCUGUGACAAGGCUAGCACCACCUACAUUUGUGCUAAUCUUGUUUUUCACAAUAUGAUGAAGCAUAUAGUCAUUGACUUUCAUUUUGUUCGUGAGCAAGUUCAGCAGAAGGCACUUGAGGUGUAUGUUAAAAUAGACAGAACAAAUAAAUUUGGCGUUAUAAAUGGCGGCACAUCUUAUCGUCUCUCUUCCUUGGGAAAUCUCAAACAUCUUUUGCUUCUUUAUCUGAUGAUGGAGUCUCUUUCUAUAGGCAUUUCAACUUGUUUACUUGUCAAAAAACACCCACAAUCCCUCACAUCCUCACCCAAAUUCAGAUGUUCCCCCACCCUCCUCUGCAAUUCAAUCCAAUUGAAUUCCCCUAAAACCAGAAAUCUCUCUCCCGUUUUACAAACUGAAACCCCAAUUCAUCUUAUCUCUCACAAAUUCUACUUAUCUUUUCUUUCUAUGACUCUUUCUUUUCCUCUUACUUCCUUUGCCUCCUCUGAAACUACAAUACCCACUGCAACUAAACUCAACUUAGAAGCAAUAUUGGUCUCUAUUGAUGAUUUUUUCACCAAGUAUCCAUUCUUUGUUGCUGGGGUUUCCUUUAUCUGGCUUGUUGUUAUACCAUUAGCAGAAGAGUACUUGCAAAAGUAUAAGUUCAUCUCUGCCGUUGAUGCAUUUGCAAAGCUUCGUGAUGACCCCACUUCCCAACUUUUAGAUAUUCGUGAUAACAAGAGCUUAGCUUAUUUGCCUUCUCCCAGUUUGAGAAUGUUUAAUAAGAGUGAGAUGCAGGUUGAGUUCCGCCAAGGAGAUGAAGAUGCCUUUGUCAAGAGUGUCUUUCAGAAAUUCAACGACCCACAAAAUACUACGCUUUGUGUUAUAGACAAUUUUGAUGGGAACUCGAUUAAAGUGGCUGAACUAUUGGUGAAAAAUGGUCUCAAAGAGGCUUAUGCUAUCCGAGGUGGGAUAAGAGGCAAGAAAGGAUGGCAGGAGAUCCAAGAAACCCUUCUCCCUCCAUCUGUUCAUAUUUAUCCCAAGAAGAAGGAUAAAGGGUUGCAACCACAAGGCAGCAAUAAUGGGGUGAUUCAAGCAAAUGAAAUUAAUAGUCAAUCUCCAUCUGCUAUAGGUGUGACCCAAGUUGAGCAGAUAAGCAAUGGUCCCGUUAAGCACUCUGCUGACUCACUCUCAGCAAUAAAAUGUGGUCCUAGGUCAUCAUCCCCAUAUCCAAAUUAUCCAAAUUUGAAGCCCCCAUCGUCCCCUUCUCCUUCAAAGCCUCAAAAUUGAUGGUAGUUGCAUGUCGUUCCUUUGAUGCCUCCUAUCUCAUCGAUCAUGUGAAUGGUGUAAUAUUAGCCAUGUCUCAACUGCAGCUUGACAUCAAUAUGUUUCUGAAGAGAGUAUGACUGACACACACUGAAAAACCAAAGCAAAUGAUGUCUGCUUUGAUUUUUCCUUGAUCCACCAUGGAAUGCAGAAUAACUUCUAUAGUCCAGUUUUGGGCAUUGCUAAACUUUUCACUUUUAGUGUAUGUGUUGAACAAGAAUUUUUAGCUAGCUCCUUUGUAGCAAGCUCUGUUACCAAAUCACUGCCUAUUAAGUCUCUGAAAUGUCCUUUUCCCACCCA